AUGGCAGUCCUCCGACAAUGCCUGUGGCUUCUUGUGGCGGCUCAAGCCACUGCCACGGCUGCUGCCACGAGCUCUUACAACUUUACCCAAGCUGCCAUCGACAAGGGCGAGGCCAUGACCCAACUCGGCGCCGAUGCGCUUCGGGCGGCAAAGGCCUUGAAUGCAGCUUCGGGUGUCAACUCAAGCUGCACGCCUGACAAGGUUCAGGUUAGGAAAGAAUGGAGAACUCUUCCUGCGGAAGAACGCAAGUCUUUCGUUGCCGCAGUCCAGUGCCUCCAAUCUUCGCCAACCUUGCUCGAUGCUGUUCAGAUGCCCGCGGCCAAGUCCCUCUUCGACGACUUCGUUUUGAUUCAUAUGAACCAGACUGGGAGGAUACACGCCACGGCAAACUUUCUGACUUGGCAUCGUUAUUUCACUUGGAUCUACGAGCAGAAGCUGCGCUCUGUUUGUGGCUACCGAGGAACCUUCCCGUACUGGGAUUGGAGUCUCGACGUCGAAGACCCGGCUAAGUCCCCCGUAUUUGACGGAUCUGAGACUUCCAUGGGAGGCAACGGCGCCUUCAUCCCUCACGAGGGGCUGCAGCUUGUGCAACCCGUCUCCAACACCACCAUCAAGCUCGAGCCCGGCUCCGGUGGUGGCUGUGUUGAGUCCGGCCCGUUCGCGAACAUGACGGUCCACGUAGGUCCCGUCUCGAUGCCGGUGUACGGCUCUUCUACGAACAGAACCGCAGCCGCGAAACCCACGGACGACAACCCCCGCUGCCUCAAACGCGACCUCAACAAGCACAUUGCCCAACGGUACACCUCUUUCCGCAAUGUCACUAGCCUUAUCUUGGAAAACGACAACGUGGAGUGGUUCCAGGCCGUCUUCCAGGGUGACGAUCGCUACGUUUCUGGAGUCGAGCUCGGCGCUCACGGAGGUGGUCAUUACACCAUCGGUGGUGAUCCUGGCUCGGACCCCUUCAUCUCACCUGGAGAGCCGGUCUUCUUCCUGCACCACGCCCAGGUUGACCGCGUCUACUGGAUCUGGCAGAUGCUUGAUUUUGCAAACCGACAGGAGGUUUUUGGCACCGAAACGUUGCAGAACAACCCGCCAAGCCGAAACGUCACGGUGGAGGACACUGUCGAUAUUUCACCCCUUGGUGGGCCGCUCGUCAUGAAGGAUCUGAUGAGCACCGUCGGAGGAUCCCCCUUCUGCUACGUCUAUGAAUGA